AUGGCUUCCAACGGAACGAAUGGCACCGCCUCAUCCGGCUCCAACUUCAACUCCUCCUCCACUGUUCCCCUCUGGCUCGAUGGCAAAGAGGUGACACCAUCCUCUACCUUUGAUGUCAUAUCUCCUCUCGAUCAGAAGACCCUCUACAAGGCCUCAUCGGCUUCCGAAGAGGAUGCCCUCAAGGCGAUCGCUUCCGCAGUAAAGGCAGCGAAGGCAUGGGGAAAGACGAAGCCCAACGAAAGACGAGACAUCUUCUUACGCGCGGCCGAGGGGUUCAAGAAGAGAAAGGAUGAGCUACAUCAAUACAGUCGUACCGAGACCGGAGCUGCAGAGUCAAUGUUUUCCUUCGAACACAAUCUUGCCUAUCAGGCCUGUUUGAGUGUCGCUGGUUUGAUUCAGGUCGCCACUACCUCCAGUUCUCCCGUGGUCGCAGAAGAGGGCUCGAGCGCUUUGAUCAUCAAGGAGCCUUAUGGAGUGGUUCUGGGUAUUGCCCCGUGGAACGCCCCUUAUGUCCUCGGUCUUCGUGCUUGUCUCCAACCUCUAGCAAUGGGAAAUGCAGUCAUUCUAAAAGGUCCUGAAGCUGCUCCGGCGACUUAUUGGGCGAUAGCAUCCAUCCUUCAUGAGGCUGGUUUGCCGGCCGGAGUUCUGAACACCAUCUAUCACCGUCCUGCAGAUGCUGCAUCAGUCACCAACACCCUGAUCCAACAUCCAGCCAUCAAGAAAAUCAAUUUCACUGGCUCCACACUGGUCGGAUCCAUCAUUGCCAGUCUUGCAGGCAAGAACCUCAAGCCAACUGUCAUGGAACUGGGUGGGAAAGCACCUUCAAUCGUAUGUGAGGAUGCCAAUAUUCAAACCGCCGCCCUCCAGACUGCCUUGGGAGCCUUUCUACACGCUGGUCAGAUCUGCAUGGCCACGGAAAGAAUUAUAGUCCAUGCCAAGAUUGCAGACGAAUUCCGCGCAGCUUUAAAGGCAACCAUGGAUCAAGUCUUCAGUGACCAAGGAAUGGGUGUACCUCAGCUGGUGACCACCGCUCCAGUCGAGAAGAACAAGAAGCUGCUUGCAGAUGCCCUAUCCAAGGGUGCAAAGACAGUCUAUGGCGACGCUUCUCACAACGAAGAAUCAAAGACGAAAAUGCGACCCGUCAUUAUUGAGAAUAUCAAGCCCGGCAUGGACAUCUAUCACACCGAGUCUUUUGGCCCAACUGUAUCUCUCUACGUUGUAAACUCGGAUGAGGAAGCACUCGAGCUUGCCAAUGACACCGAUUAUGGUCUGGCAAGUGCAGUGUUCACCGAGGAUUUGAGACGAGGGUUGAAAAUUGCCAAGCAGAUCGAGACUGGUGCUGUGCAGAUCAAUAGUAUGAGCAUUCACGAUGAGGCGGCUCUACCCCAUGGUGGUGCAAAGAAAAGUGGAUUUGGGCGAUUCAAUGGCCUACCGGGCCUGGAUGAAUGGGUGCGCAGCAAGGUCAUCACCUGGAAGGAUUGA